GAGCUGCUGCGCAGCGCGAUGCUCUUCUCUCGGCGGUACAUGGCGGCCCGCGGCGGUCCCGCAGGUCCGUGCUCCCGGGGACUGGCUCCCGCCCUGCCCCGAUCCCGGUCCCGGGCCCCGUCCCCCACCCCGGCUCCGCGGCUCAGCCGCUGCCCGCCGUAACCAUGGAGACGGCGGCGCCGAGUGAUGACGUAAAAGAGAGGCGCGCAGAGACGACGCCCUCACAAAGCGCCGAGAUUCGGGACCGGCGUUGCCGUGGAGACCGAGACGCCGUCCGGCGGGGAGGGGCCAUGGCCUCCCGCGAGCGCGCGGCCGUUCCCCGGCAGCGCGGGGACAAAACGCGGACCCCCAGCGCCGCUCCCCCGGACGCGGUCCCCGGGCGGCUGUGCGAGGCGCAGUGGCUGUCCGUGCUGGCGGCCGAGGAGCGGGACGACGCCGUAGGGGACGUCGUGGCCGAGCUGCUGGGAGCCGUCGCGGAGCGCUGCUUCCGGGCCGAGCUGUCCCGGCAGUGCGCGCCCUUCGCGGUGGACUGGGCGAGGGCUGAGCUGCUGCAGGCGGUCGCGUGGCGCUUCCUGGUGCGGGAUGAGGGCGACGCGGCGCCGGAGGCGGCGGGCGCGUGGCGGGAGGACGAGGAGCCCCUGCCGUGUGCCGACGACGCCUGGGCUGAGGGCGCAGUGCCCGUCCUGCCCGCGUGUCCGACCCCAGCGCACGGAGAGGUCUCCGGCACCGGCACGGAUGCUGUCCCAUCCGAGGCUGAGGGCGGCAGUGUGUCAGCGCCUCCCCCCUCCACUGUUGGCUCAGGACGAGGUGCUCGAUGCUCCCCAGCCCUCCGAAGGAGUAUCGGGCGGCUCCCCUAUGCCAGCCCUGCUGCCGGCCCUGCUCAGCCCCGGCACAGCACAGCCCCGGCGCCCGCCUGCCAUCAAACACCCGAAGUCACAGGUGUGGGCGGAGGUCAGUGAUGCAGUAAAAGCUGAUGGGCACAAAGUGCCACAGCCUCCCUUCUGCAGCGACCUGGUGAAGAUCACGGCAUGGAGAUCUCCGCUCAGUAAGGUGAGGGCGUGUGAUAGGCGCAGCACCGCCCCGGGCACCGCUCAGCUGGAGCCCCCCAUGCGCUGGAUCCAGCCCCAGGUGGAAGUGUUGGACCCGGGCACAGAGACCAGGCGGCAGCCACGUCCCCUCCGGCACCGGCGGGAGUCUCGUGGCCCCUCUGGGCAGAACAUGGGGCUGGGUGGCUCAUGCUCCCCCCGAGGGCCGGCGGCUAUGGGGGCUCCACGGCUCCUACCGCCCAUCCUGGGGGCCCAGCAGCCCAGCAGCUCCCAGUCCCCGGUGCUGGGCUCCUUACUGGGCACCGUCCAGCUGGCACCUGGCGUCACCAUCAGGCACGGAGGCAGCGAGGGGCACAGGCUCUGCCUCCCUGUGCGCAGAGAGGAUGCGGAGGAGGAGACGGGAGAGGCCAAACGGGACCUGAGGCCGCUCCGCCCCACUGUGCCCUUCCCUGCCAUCACAGUCAGCCAGGUCCCCAGCGAUGGCACACCUUGAAUACAGUAGAGUCCAACA